AUGCCGCAAGACCCCAAUCUUUAUGGCCAGCGACCAGCCAAGAAACAAAAGAAAGAGAUUCCACUGUCGAGUUCUCUCGCCUUCUCGUCGCAACUCAGCUCGUUACUCUCAUCAUCAUCAUCGUCCGCUACUCCCACCUCGACUGCUACGAGUGGCCGCAUGCGACCAUCCAAGGCAAAGGACGAUCUUUUCUCUGUGAAGGCAAAGCGGAAAGCCAACAGCGCAAGAGAUGUUGGCGAUGGAACGACAAAGCUGCAGAUCAAGGACGUCCACGGCACGGAGGAAGACAAGCAGAACUUAGCGCGGACGAGACGGAAGAUGGAGGAAAAAGCACGACUCUACAAUGCCAUGAAGCGAGGCGACUACGUUGCCAAGGAGGGCGAGACGGGCCCGCUCGUGGACUUUGAUGCGAAAUGGGCCGCGGCGAACCCGGAAGGCGACGACGGUGAUCGGCAGUCGAGCUCCGGUGCCGAUAACGACUCGGAUGACGACGGUGGCGGUGGCAUGCCCAAUGAGAUUAUCGAGUAUCAAGACGAAUACGGUCGGACGCGCAAGGGCACCCGUGCCGACAUUGCGCGACAGCAGCGGAUGGAGGCUAGAAGGGUUCUGGGCGCCGAAGAGCUCGACGCCAUGAGCGCGCGGCCCAAGGCGCCCGAAAACGUCAUCCACGGCGACGUGAUCCAAUCCCACGCCUUCAACCCCGAGGACGACAAGUGGGAUCAGAUGGAGGCCCUGGCUGCCCGGCGCGACAAGAGCCCGACUCCGCCGCCGGACACGCACUAUGAUGGAAACUGGGAGAUCCGCACCAAGGGCGUGGGCUUUUAUCACUUUAGCAAGGACAACAAGGAGCGUGACGAGGCUAUGAAGAACCUCGAGCAGGAGCGGGAGAACACGGAGCGCGUGAGGAAAGAGAGAGAGGCCGAGAGGGAGCGCCGCAAGAAGGAGAUUGAAGAAAGGCGCAAGAAGAUUGGCGAAAAAAGGUCCAAAAGAAUGGCUGAUCAAUUUCUCGAGGGUCUCGGUGCUGAAUUGGCUGCCGCUGAUAAGACUGGAGGCAAAGAGGCAAACGAGAGCACAGAGACGGCCUCUUGA